AUGGACGUGGAACAGAUGCCAGUAAUGGAAACGAAGGAAAAGUUCCUGUGGAAGGCAAAGCUAGCGCAAGAGGCGAACCGAUUCGAGGACAUGGCCCGGUACAUGAGGCAGGUGGCUGAGUGUGGGGCACCCAUGACCAAGGACGAGGACAACAUGCUGGCGGCGGCGUACAAGCACGUGCUGGACACUAAACGCUCGUCCAGGCGGACGCUGGUGACGGUCGAGCAGAAGGACGGCAUCACGUCGUGGGAGGCCACGGUGGCGCGCCAUUAUCGCGCGCGCAUCGACGAAGAGUUGCGCGCGCUGUGCACCGAGGUGCUGACAGUGGUCGACAGCUGGCUGACGUCCGACCAGCCGGAGGCCUCGGACCCAGCCACCGGCGUUUUCUACUGGAAGCUGAGCGCCGACUACCACCGGUACGCGGCCGAGGUGAUCGAAGACCCUGGCGACCGAGCCGAGGUGGUGGCCAUGUCCAAGGCCGCCUACGAGCGAGCCGACCGGUUGGGCCGGAAAAACCUCCGGCCCAUCGAUCCGAUCCGGCUCGGGCUCAUGCUCAACUACUCCGUGUUUCUGUAUCAGGUGUGCCAACAGCGCCGGCAGGGCCACGACGUGGCCAAGCACGCGUUCGACGAGGCCGUGGCCGAGAUAGACGCCAUCGAUGAUUCCAUGUACGACGACUCGACGCUCAUCCUGCGACUUAUCCGUGACAACCUGACCAUAUGGAUACAAGAGAACGGCGGUGAGUCGUAUGCAGGGACCGCCGAAGACCAGGCAGCUGCAGCGCCCGUUGCACAGGCUGUCGUUAGAGAAGACCUGCUUGCGGUGGAGGACCGAGUGCAGACAGACCUAGUGGCUACGGCCGCGGUCACCACGCCAUCGAUCCUGCUGUCACUGUCAUCAUCGACCGGCACCGUCGAAUCGCAGUCUGACCGCGAUCGCCAGUCGUUGCAGGACAACGUGAAUUAG